UGGAAGAUUAUCAGAUUAACAAAAAAGGAAAAAUCGUCCAUUCCAGAAAAAACCUAGUGGUCACUGUGUCUCUUUCGCUCCCAGUCGUCUAUCUCGCAGCCCCAACAACACCAGCGUGGAAGAGUUCCGGUUACCCUUCUCUCCUCUCACACUCACUUGCACAGACCCUGACAAUAUCUCUCUCUCUCUCUCUUGCUUUCGUUCUCAUUGUCACGUAUCCCUCACAGGCUGUCUGUAGCAGCAGCGGCAGCAACUUUGCACAUAUUCUCCCUCCGGCAUCCAGCUUUGUAGUGGAGUAGACGAGAAUGCUGUUGGUGCCUGUGCAGAACUCAUCUUUGCUCCAAUUGAUGCCUCUUUCUCUGAUGAUGCACCUCUUCUACCAUUUGGUUUUCGCAUCAUUCCUCUUGAUUCUGGGACAAUGAUGCAGGAUGCCUCUAGUCCAAAUCGUACACUUGAUCUUGCAUCUGCUCUCGAGGUUGGACCAACUGGAAAUAGAGGUUCUGGUGAUUAUUUUGGCCAUGAUGGGAGUGGAAAAUCUGUUAUGACAAUAGCAUUUCAAUUUGCAUUUGAGAUUCACCUUCAGGAAAAUAUUGCAGCUAUGGCUCGUUUGUAUGUGCAAAGUAUCAUAGCAUAUGUUCAGAGGGUGGCAUUGGCACUAUACCCUUCUCGUUUCAGUUCUGAUGUUGGUUUGCGGCUACCCCCAGUCCCUCCAGAAGCACACGCACUUGCUUGUUGGAUCUGUCUCAGCUACAGGUGCUUUUUAGGUGUGGAGCUAAUUAAACCUGUUAAUGAAGGAAGUGAAUCGAUUCUCAAGACACUUUGGCAUCACUCAGAUGCUGUGAUGUGUUGCUCUUUGAAGGUAUUCUUUCGAUUGUUUUACUUCUCAUUUUUAUAACAAAUUCUGCUCUAAGUAUUUGCAGAAGUCUGAAUGUUCUUCAUUUAUGAUUUUUUAGAAAUAAUCCUUGUUGUGUAACAUUUAUUUAUUUGUCAACCAGUUAAAACAUAAUUCUUUCUUUACCUGCUGAAUUAUGUGAUUGUGAAUAUCGAGGAUGGGAACAAUGUAAACAUAUACAACAAUAUGUUCUGUGUUAUUUAGAACCUUGCCUCUUUUUGUCACUUUGAAAACACACUAGCUUAGACAAUUGAUACACUGCUAUGCAUUUGGGUUGAUUGCUCUCGUUUAGAAACUUUUUUUUCCGAACCGGUUGACUCACUAAAAUAGUCAAACGGUGUUGGAUGUUGACGAAACUUGACACACACGACUAACUACACACAAAUGACUUGUAGGAGAAGACGGAACUCAAAACCGAUUCUCGAUUUUGAAUCUAGAGACUAAUUUCCAUUUAUAAAAACUUAUUCUUUAAAAACUCUUUUCCGAACCGGUUGACACACCAAAAUGCUCAAACGGCGUCAGAUGUCAACGAAACUUAACACACACGACUACCUAGUUACCGAUGACUUAUAUGAGAAGACGGAACACGAAACUGAUUCCCGAUUUUGAAUCUAGAGCCUAAUUUCCGUUUAUAAAAACUUGUUCUUUAAAAACUCUUUCUCGAACCGGUUGACACACCAAAAUGCUCAGCUGGCGUCAGAUGUCAACGAAACUUGAUACACACGACUAACUAGGCACACUGACUUGUAGGAGAAGACGAAACUCGAAACUGAUUCCCGAUUUUGAAUCUAGAGCCUAAUUUCCGUUUAUGAAAACCUAUUCUUUAAAAACUCUUUUUCGUACCGGUUGAUACACCAAAAUGCUCAAACGGCGUCGGAUGUCAACGACACUUGACACACACGACUAACUAGGCACCAAUGACUUGUAAGAGAAGACGGAACUCAAAAUUGAUUUCCGAUUUUGAAUCUAAAGCCUAAUUUCCGUUUAUGAAAACUUGUUCUUUAGAAACUUUUUUCCCAAACUAGUUGACUCACUAAGAUGCUCAAUCGGCGUUGGAUGUCAACGAAACUUGGCACAGGCGACUAACUAAGCACAAAUGACUUGUGGGAGAAGACGGAACUAGAAACCGAUUCCCGAUUUUGAAUCUAGAGCCUAAUUUCUGUUUAUGAAAACUAGUCAUUUACAAACUCUUUUUCCAACCGUGUGACUCACUAAAAUGCUCAAACGGUGUCGGAUGUCAAUGAAACUUGAGACACACAACUAACUAGGCACAAAUGACUUGUAGGAAAAUACGGCAUGCGAAACCGAUUCUCAGUUUUGAAUCUGGAGCCAAAUUUGUGUGUGAAAACUUGUCCUUUCGAAUUGUUUUCAUCUUUUGUGUUUAUUCUAUUAUUGUUAGAUUAUAGCACAAUGGCGCCGUUUGGUAUAGCUGUUAAAACAACUUAUAAAUUAUAACUUAACAUAUUAUAGAUUAUGACUUUAAUCAGAAGUUGUUAAUCUGUUUGGUGUAGCUAUUGGAUUAUAGAUUUAAGUUGCUAAGUA